GAUCAAAAUAAAGACGACAAAAUCUGCACGAAGAUGGUCCGAUUACAUCACUGUUUUAUGAGAUAAAUACUGCGUGUAUUACUAUCAUCCUAGCAGCACUAUUUAAUGUGAUACUCAGGCAUACGUAGGACAUAAAAGUAGAAGUUGUUAGCCAUAAAUGAAAGUGAAACUUGGCGGGAAAAACGAGAGAAUUUCGUUUGAGCGUGCCCAGUUUCAAGAACAGCUGAUUGGCUGAUGGCCAACCAUAUUUGAAGAUUAGUUAGUGAUUAGAAGAUAGAGCUAAAAUGCAGAAACAGUGGAAGACACAAGAUUGUAAACCAAAGAUACCUGAUCCCGGGAAAGAAAUGAGUCACCACAAGCCCCCUAUAGAUGGCGACCUGGAGACUCCGUCCAAACAAACUGCUCAAGGACAACAUACACAAUGGCGAGAUAGUGGAUACUACUCACCAGCAAAUACAUCUAAUGCUUUGGAUGAAGAAACACUAUUUUGCUUUUCUGAUGAUCUCAAAACACCCGCCAUUGCUGAAAGCACCCCCAAAGGCACCCCAGAGGCUACUGCUCUGAGGGGGUCAGGAACCAAUACAGCCCCACUCAGGGUUCGUAAUCGCAGUACAUCAGACUUUGACUUUUCACACUUAGACAGUGACUAUAGUAAAACACAUGCGGUCCAAACUGACCCCCAUGUCACAUUUCAUACUGACUUUGAGGAUGAUGAGUCCAAUGGGGAGGUUGAUGAUCAAGUGGAAGAUCGGCUGUUCCCACAAAUAGACUCACCCCCAAUUGAUUUACCACCUGUCUCAGCACCCAUGGACAUCCCCCUGUCUCCCCAGGGUCCUCACUAUCGUGCCAAUAUAUUGCUAGAGUGUCCCCACCCUGAGACUUACUCUCCAUCCAUAACAGACCGGGGGCAGAUUUAUCGUAGUGGACAAAAUAUCCUGUGUAGGAACAUAAGCACACAGACUCCAAGUCGAUCCUGCCAAGCGCUACAAGAUGCAAUAUCUCAUCACGCGAGCACCACUCCGCCUUCUCGUUUACAAGUUGGUGCAGGCUUGCCACAAGGUCAUGUUCGCGUCAGAGGUGGUGGGGCGAUUGCUGAAAGGCUACGUAGCUUCUCACUGACCGAGGCAGAAAAUAGCGAUGAUGAAUCAGAUAUAAUGAACGAUAAUUUGCCAGACUUAGUACGUGGCAGCACGCGCUCUAGGGCUCGUUCAGAGCCAGUUCUGCACCUUCCUAUGAGACCCAUCGAGGUGAAUGUUGGUCAGGAACUACGCCGCAUCAGCGAUGAGUUUCACAUGGACCAUAUUGAAACCAAUAUGCAAAGGUUUCUACAAGCCACAACCCACAGACGCCAAUCAACAGCAGUACAGCAUGCAAACUCCUUCCCCGGGGCUGCUGAGGCUGACCGUGGUUUUCUGAGAAAUAUGCUCGAUAGAUUGAUCUCCCCUAGGACAAUGUUUGGCCAGGGAAACGACAGAAUAAAUACCCUAACAAGAUCACAAUCAGACUUGCAACAACGACGUCCUCACUCAGGACAGUUUGAUGACAUGAACAACCAGCAUUGAUAGUAUUGCCUUAUUAGGGCAUACUCUACAAGGGUUUCCUUAUUAGGGCAUAUGUAGAUUUGUAUUAUAAAAAUUGCAUAGGUUAAAACAGAAGAUUUUCAUUGAAAGUUUUAUUGAGUAUGUGUUAUCAUAUGUAUGAGUUUGUAUAUAGAUAUAUACUGGAUAGAUGAGAUUCUAUGAUUCCUGAUAUGAAGGGGACCUAAGUUUGAUAUAGUUCAUAAAUCAAUGCAAUAUGCAGUGUUUGGUUCCCAAAUGUGUCUCCUUGUAACAAAUGUUUGGCUUAGAAACAUGUAUUUUAAAUUUUGAAGCUAUUCAUAUAGCUUUGGUGCUUGUGUAUUGCUGUAUUUUGAUAUAAGUUAAUGGUAGGUUUAGUUUGUGUAAACUUUGUGAUGGUCAUUCACAAUUCCAAGAGAAAAAAUAUAAACCAGAACAUUUUCAUUGAUUUUCAUGGUGACCAUCUUAGGAGGGGGGGGGGGGUUGUGAAGAGAAGUGACUGUACUAUAAAGUUUCAGGAUUGUUUAACCAUUGAAGGCUGACAUUCAAGAUGGUAAAUCUAUUUUUACAUAAAUUGAGAAAACACCAAGGGUAAAAUUUUUUAAGAGCGUAAACACAAGUCUUUAUAAUCUAAACUAAAUGAUACCAUAAACAGCCAAAUUUGAUCUUUUUCUGACAUUAUUACCCUCUUUGACAUUCUUAGACUAAAGUUCUAGUCUUUAAACAAAUAUACUAUGCAAUAUUGUGUUCUGAACAGAAAUCAAAAAUGCAAAAAGUAAAAUUAUCUAUUGGGUUUAUGAGAUUUACAAUGCUUAUCUGUAUGAUAGUUUUAUACCAAAUUCAGUGUUGUUGUUUUUUCGGUUUCCAAGCCAUUAUGUAAAUAGUGUACUAUACAGUGUAAAUAUCAUUUUUCCUUUCUAUGCCGCAAUACUGUUUUCCGGAUUCCCACACCAAGAAUACUCAAAUCAGAGUCAUUUUUUCUUUUUUUUAAAUAACAUGGAACUAGAUAAUGUGCAAUAUAUUUAUUAAAAAAUGGUACUUUAGACACAGACUUUAAAUUUGAAAUUUUAUUUUCCGGAAUUGUAUUUUAAAAUACACUAUAGGAAAACAGUAUUGUGGCAACGGGAAGCACAUUAGCGAGGCUAAAAAUCAGUAUAUAGUUUUCAAAUGAUCUCAGUGGGGCAGGUAUAUAAAGCUUCCCAUUUCAAAAUACAGAAAUCCAAGUGCACGGAAACCUCAAGAACAAUCCAU